ACGCCAGAAAAACAAAAGUUGCCACGACUGCAGCAGUUGGGCAGACGACGCCGCCGACGCUCAAACAUGUCCAAGUUAGUGAGCUACUACACACUGUGCGUAUUUGUGUGCUCUCAGCUCCGGUACGCGAGCGUUUGGGCGGACGAUGAGGUCAGGAUCGAGGUGGUGUACCAGCCGGACACGUGCGAAAAAAAGAGCAAGAGAGGAGACUUGAUGAACGUCCACUAUGACGGCUUCCUCGCCAAAGAUGGGUCCCAGUUCUACUGCAGUCGCCACGACAAAGCCGGCCACCCGCAGUGGUUCGUCCUGGGCGUGGGACAAGUCAUCAAGGGCCUGGACAUGGGCAUGGUGGACAUGUGUGUGGGGGAGAAGAGGAAAAUCACCGUUCCGCCCGCCUUGGCCUUUGGAGAGAAAGGCAAAGGACCCGUCCCACCCAAUGCGACGGUGGUUUUUGAAGUGGAGGUCUACUCCGUGUCUCGCGGUCCACGCAGCGUGGAAGCUUUUGGAGAAGUGGACGUCAACCAAGACCGAAGUCUCACAAAGGAGGAGAUCAAAGCCCACCUGAAGACGGAGUACGAAAAAGAAGGCAAGCCCCGAGACGACCCCUUCUACGAGAAGAUCGUCGACGACAUCUUCCGCAAGACCGACACCGACAAAGACGGGAUCAUCAGCGCAAAAGAGUACAACAUUUAUCAACACGAUGAGCUUUAGCGCUUUCGACUUGUAGUACAUUUAAAGCGUGCUAUCGUUUCUUCUAGCCCGUGACUUUUUUUUUUUUUUUUUUUUAACUUUUCAUAGUCCACAAAUGUGUUUUGGGUCUGAUGACACUGAAGCUUUAAAACUCUGCAAAAUCUGUAUCGACGCAGAUAGGGUAUCAUUUUGUACAACUAAACAAUAGUUUGUUAGGACAGAAAGGUAAAAGAAAAUCCAGCAAAACACAGGAAGGAAGCCGAGAGGAGUCGAGUAGAGUAUUCGGGUUUGCUCACUUUGGGCGAAAACCGUUUUUUUUGGUCGUAAACGGGCGUAAAAAUCGAGAAUUUUCUGGUUGAAAUUCGAAAACCGAGCUUUGUAUGUGAAUUUUUUUCAUUGUACAUUCUGAUUCGGCUUUUAAAUGGGUCAGUUUGACCCGCAGCGGAACAGGGGAGAUUGUUUGAUAGGUAAAACGGUGCCAGAGAUGGAAAUGUCGGAAUCAAGGAGAUUUCAAAAUCGGGGUUGGAGAUAUGCUAACGUUUUAAAGACGCUUUUGUGUCAAGAAAUGUCUGGAACAAACA